AUGGAUAGAAAAUCUGCUAGAAUAAAAGCAGAGUUGCAAAGAUAUGGUUGGAGAGUUUCGAAGAAGUUUAAAUAUAGGAAGGGAAGACCCAUAAAAGUCUAUGACAAACUGGCUGGUCUUCGCUACGAAAUGGAUUUGGAAACAGCACGUGCAAAUUAUCCAAACAGACUAGAGAGGUUAGAAGAAGAACGUCUUAUGGACAUGCCUUUCGAUGUUAGUGAACCUCAAGUUGAAGGACACGACGGCUUUGCCAGAUUCUACUGGAAACAUGACGAACAAUUGCAUCCUUUGAGAAGGAAAAAAGGUAGUGCAGAGGAUGGUCAUGCUCCCAUGGAAAGAACAAGAUAUGCAUAUGAGAAGUACCGUGAAGUUAGAAGUCAAAUUACAUCUGGUCGAACCUUUACAGUAA